AUGUCGCUCACGUCGCAGCAGGUCGCCAUCAUCCAGGCGACGGUGCCCGUGCUCAAGCAGCACGGCGAGCACAUCACCACCACCUUCUACCGCCACCUCCUCGAGGAGAACCCGGCGCUGAAAAACGUCUUUGGCAUGACCAACAUGCUCACGGGCCGCCAGCCAAAGGCGCUCGCCCACGGCCUCCUCGCCUACGCCAGCCACAUUACCGAGCCCGCGGUGCUGGCCGACUUUGUCGAAAAGGUGUCGCACAAGCACGCCUCGCUCGGCGUCGAGCCGGCCCAGUACGCCGUCGUGGGCAAGUACCUCCUCGCCGCCAUGGCCGAGGUGCUCGGCGGCGACGCAUUCACGCCCGACGUCCACGACGCCUGGGCCGCCGCCUACUGGAUCCUCGCCAACAUCAUGAUCGAGCGCGAGGCCCAGAUCUACGGCGAGGACCCCGCCUGGACCGGCUUCCGCCCCCUCGUCGUCGUCAGCAAGCAGCAAGAGUCGGACGAGAUCACCUCGUUCUAUCUCGAGGCCCCACCUAGUAGCGACGGCGCGCAAGCGCAGCCGCAGCCCCUGCCGUCGUUCAAGCCGGGCCAGUACGUCUCGGUGCGCUUGCGCGUCCCGGGCACCGAGUUCUUGCAGCCGCGGCAGUACUCGCUCAGCCAGGCGCCCAACGGCCGCCAGUACCGCAUCAGCGUCAAGCGCGAGCCGCGCGUGGCCGACCUGCCCGAGCCGGCGUUCAUCUCGAACCUGAUGCACGACCGGGUGCACGAGGGCGACCGCAUCGACGUGUCGCACCCGCGCGGCGCCUUUUUCUUUGACCCGGAGAGGGCCGAGCAGCGGGGCGCGCCCGUGGUGCUCAUCUCGGCGGGCGUGGGCAUCACGCCGAUGAUGUCGAUCCUCGGCGUGCUGGCAGAGGAGCAGGGCGAGGGCGAGGGCGAGGGUGCGGCGCGGCCGGUGCACAUGAUCCACGGCGCGAGGUCGUCCAAGGUGCUGGCGUUCGACGACGACGUGAGGCGCAUCUGCCGCGAUCGGAGCAGCGUGAGGCGGACGCUGUUCCUCAAGAACCCCGUUGCCGGUGCGGUGCGCGGCGUCGACUACGACUUUGCGUCGCGGGUCAAGCUCGACGAGCUCGAUGGCGCCAAGGACCUGUUCCUGGACGACGAGCGGGCCCUCUACUUUGUGUGCGGGCCGGAUACCUUUAUGGACGAUGUGGCGCGCUUCCUCGAGGGCCAGGGGGUGGCGGCGUCGCGCGUCAGGCAGGAGAAGUUUGGCGUGUAG